UUCCAUGGCUUUUAAACAACCAUAUUCUGUAUGUUUUCUUCAUAUCCUUCUACUGCUACCAUGUUCCAUCUUUGCUCAAACUCAUAUAUCAUUAGGCUCAUCCCUUACUGCACAAAAUGAUAACUCAUCCUGGCCAUCACCAUCUGGUGACUUUGCUUUUGGCUUCCAAAAAAUUGGAGAAGAUGGCUUCCUAUUAGCCAUCUGGUUCAAUAAAGUAAAAGAAAGAACUAUUGCCUGGUCAGCCAAUGGUAACAAUCUAGUGUCUGAGGGAUCCAAAGUUGAACUUACUAGUGAUGGCAAGUUUAUGCUGAAUGAUGCAACUGGUAAACAAAUAUGGAUGGCUGAAUCUUCUGGUACUGGAGUUGCCUAUGCAGCCAUGCUCGACACGGGAAAUUUUGUGCUGGUUGACCACAAGUCAAUCAAUUUGUGGGAGAGUUUUGAUGUACCAACUGAUACAAUCCUACCUACACAGAUUCUAAAUAUAAACAGCACACUCUACGCCCGAUUUUCAGCUUCAAAUUACUCAAAAGGAAGGUUUUUUUUUGAACUACAGUUUGAUGGAAAUCUCAUGCUUUGCACAACAUUCUUCCCACUGGAUUCUGCAAAUUUUGCUUAUUGGUCCACCCAAACCAAUGUCGGAAAUACUGGCUUUCAGGUCAUCUUCAACCAGUCUGGCUCUAUUUACCUUACAGGCAAGAACGGAAGCAUACUUAAAACAUUUUUGUCUAAUUCAGUUUCAGUCCAGGAUUUCUACCACAGAGCAACUCUAGAGUAUGAUGGAGUUUUGAGGCACUAUGUUUACCCCAAAAAGACCAGCCAGCCUAUCAUGACUUGGUCCAGUCAAUCUUUUGAACCUUCAAACAUAUGUUUGAGAAUUGGAGAUAUAGGAGUUGGUGCUUGUGGGUUCAACAGCUUUUGCAGACUUGAUGAUCAAGGACCAAUCUGUGAGUGCCCCGAUGGUUACGCCUUUAUUGAUCCGAAUGAUCUUCUUAAAGGAUGCAAACAAAACUUUGUUCCUCAAAGUUGUGAUGAAGCCUCACCAGAGAUGGAUAUGUUUGAUUUUCAAGAUAUUGAAGGCACAGAUUGGCCUGAUUCUAAUUAUGAGAAGUUUAAGCCCGUAACUGAGGAUUGGUGCAGGCAGACUUGUCUUGGUGAUUGUUUUUGUGACGUUUUCUACUAUGAAAACAAUGUCUGUUGGAAGAAGAGAAUCCCUCUUUCGAAUGGGAGGAUGGAUCCUAGUUUUGGUGGAAAAGCUCAUAUCAAAAUACGGAAAAACAAUUCCACUUUGAAACCUGGAGGCACCAAUACGAAAAAGAACAGUUCAACUUUGAUCUUCAUCGGAACAGUUCUCCUAUGUAGCUUGGGUUUUCUGAGCUUUCUCUUACCAUUCAUAACCUAUAUGGUUGUUUCUCGUAUAUAUUCUAGAAAAGGAAAGGUGAGUCAACAUUUCCCAUCCUUUGAAGAAGUGAAUCUGAAAUGUUUCACUUAUGAGGAGUUACAUGAAGCAACCGAAGGAUUCAAGGAAGAAAUAGGUCGCGGUGCUUUUGCAACAGUAUUCAAAGGAGUUUUGGCAUUUGAUGAUGUGCAAUGUGUUGCUGUCAAAAGAUUGAACACUAUGGUUGGAGAAACUGAGUGUGAAUUCAAAGCUGAAGUGAGUGCAAUUGGCAGAACCAAUCACAGAAACCUAGUUAAACUAAUAGGCUUCUGCAAUGAGGGAGAGAACCGGCUUCUGGUAUAUGAGUUUAUGAGCAAUGGCUCUCUAGCAAGCUUCCUUUUCAGAGAGUCAAGGCCAAACUGGUACAGCAGAAGCCUAAUCGCAUUAGGAGUUGCUAAAGGGCUCUUGUAUUUGCAUGAGGAGUGCAGCAGCCAAAUCAUACACUGUGACAUUAAGCCUCAAAACAUUCUUCUUGAUGCCUCAUUCACUGGAAGAAUAUCUGAUUUUGGGUUAGCCAAGCUCUUGAGAACAGACCAGACUCGAACCACAACGGGAAUCAGGGGAACAAGAGGGUAUGUGGCCACUGAAUGGUUCAAAAACAUACCUAUCACAGUGAAGGUGGAUGUUUACAGCUAUGGCAUUUUGUUAUUAGAAAUUAUUUCAUGCAGGAAGCAUUUUGAAGAAAAUGCAGAGGAUGAAGAUCAAAUGAUACUAGCUGAUUGGGCAUAUGAUUGCUACAAGCAGAAUAAAUUGUAUCUGCUAUUGGGGAGUGAUCAUGAGGCGAUCAAUGACAUCACGAAUGUCGAGCAGUUUGUGAUGAUUGCAUUGUGGUGCAUCCAGGAGGAUCUGUCACUAAGACCUAGCAUGAAGAAAGUCACUCUGAUGCUUGAAGGAAUUAUCAAAGUCUCCGCUCCACCAGAUCCAUCGUCACUUGCAACUUCAAAUUAAGUUAGUAGUGCAAUUUUGCUAUUGUUGUUUUCAGAUUCAAAAAUUAAACUGUGUUUCAUCAAGGAGUCAAAACCAUCAUGUGUAAUCCAUAAUGUAUGCUGAGAACAGUACAUGACUAUGUCCAUCCAAUAGUAACAAUCAUGUUUA